AGGUCGCGGCGCGCACUUCCGGUCUUUGUGACUCCCAGCUCAGUGUCGUUGACUCGUUCUUUGGCUGCUUCAGAGCUUCGCGGAAAGCCUUUGAAAGACGAAAUACUAAAGGAAACUGUGAAGCACAGAACCCAGUUGUAGCGAUCGUUUUGCUGAGCUGUUUCAGCCUAGAAUGGCCGUGGAAUCCAGAGCACUUUCAACCCUGGUAACUCAGGAUCCUCAGGAACAAGAACUAAUAGUAGUGAAAGUAGAAGAGGGCCUUUCCUGGGGUCAGAAAUCUAAACAGGAUGGGAGUGCCCAGUCCUGCCAAGAAAUGUUUCGCCAGCAGUUCAGAAAGUUUUGCUACAAGGAGACACCUGGGCCUCGGGAGGCUCUGGGCCGACUUCAUGAGCUUUGCUAUCAAUGGCUGAUGCCAGAGUUGCACACAAAGGAGCAGAUCCUGGAACUGCUGGUGUUGGAACAGUUCCUGAGCAUCCUGCCUGAGGAGCUACAGGUCUGGCUUCAGCAACAGAGUCCAAAAAGCGGCGAGGAAGCUGUGACCCUGCUGGAGGAUUUGGAGAGAGAGUUUGAUGAUCCAAGACAACAGGUUCCAGCUAGUCUUCAGGGUCCAGCAGUGCCGUGGAAGGAUUUGACAUCUCUUGGAGCGUCCCAGGAGUCAACAAACGUCCAACUUCAGCCUUUAAAGACACAGCUGAAAUCCUGGGAACCUUGCCUGUCCCUCAGAAGUGAUUGUGAGAACAAAGAAUCAGCAACAAAGGAGGAAGUUUUGGGAGAAAAAUCACAAGGACUCACCCUGGAACCUUCAUUUCAAGAAGUUAGCGAACAUGAAAACCAUUUAGAGUGGCAGCAAGGAAGUGCUACAGGGGAGAAAUUACGAAGAUCUCCGUCCCAAGGAAACAGUUUUAGUCAAGUGGUCUUUACACAUGAUUCUCUAGGAAAGAGAGACCAUCAUGAUAAUCCUCAAAGAAGCAUGAUUCUGAGUACAAACUCUGUAGCAUAUCAGAAAGUUCAUACAGAAGAGAGACCUUAUAGAUGUGAUAUAUGUGGACACAGCUUCACACAGCAUUAUACUCUAACGCAACAUCAGAGAAUCCAUACUGGAGAAAAGCCCUACAAGUGUAACCAGUGUGGGAAGGCGUUUAGUUUGAGCUCAUACCUUAUUAUUCAUCAGAGAAUUCAUAGUGGGGAGAAAGCAUACAAAUGCAGUGAAUGUGGAAAAGCCUUCAAUCAGAGAUCAGCCCUUAUUAGGCAUCGGAAAAUCCAUACUGGUGAGAAAGCUUGUAUAUGUAAUGAAUGUGGCAAAGCAUUCAGUCAAAGUUCAUAUCUGAUUAUACAUCAAAGAAUUCACACUGGUGAGAAACCCUAUAAAUGUAAUGAAUGUGGAAAAGCCUUCAGUUUGAGCUCAAACCUCAUCAGACAUCAGAGAAUUCAUAGUGGAGAGGAACCUUAUCAGUGUAAUGAAUGUGGCAAAACCUUCAGUCAAAAUUCAGAUCUGAUUAUACAUCAAAGAAUUCACACUGGUGAGAAACCCUAUGAAUGUAAUCAAUGUGGAAAAGCCUUCAGUUUGAGCUCAAACCUCAUCAGACAUCAGAGAAUUCACAGUGGAAAGGAACCUUAUCAGUGUAACGAAUGUGGCAAAGCUUUCAAAAGGAGCUCAGCCCUUACUCAGCAUCAGAGACUCCACUCUGGGGAUGCAGCUUAUACAUACAUAUAGUGAAUGUGGGAAAGCUUUCAGGCACCGGGCAGUCCUUAUGUGCCAUCAGAGAGUCCGCAGUCUAACUUGUGAAUACAAUGACUGUUGUAAAUAUUUUUGUCAGAUUCUUGUCUUUGUUAGUCAAAAGUGUUUGCUUUA